ACUGAAGGCUGUGCUGAGGGCCGCGUAUCUCGGCCUAGCUCCGUUUCCAGUGUCUUUGUGGGGUUGUAGGACCAGGUCAGGUUUGGAUUCCCGGGAGAUGGAUCGUGUGUGGAGUGCGUGGUGCGGCAAGUGCGCCAAAGGGAAAAAGUCGUCGCCCCUUUGGACCCAGCGCAUCGUGGUCGCCUGGCUUAACAAGGCCGAGUGGGACCAGGUGAUGGUGUAUCUGUUCUGCGAGGACCAUACAUUACAGCGGUACGCUCUGAACCGUAUUACCGUGUGGAGGAGCAGGUUAGGCAACGACCUUCCCCUGGCAGUGGCUUCUACUGCUGACCUCGUACGCUGUAAGCUCAUGGAUGUGACUGGUGGCUUGGGCGCUGAUGAACUUAGUCUGCUCUAUGGCAUGGCAUUGGUCAGGUUUGUGAAUCUUAUCUCAGAGAGGAAGACAAAGUUUGUCAAGCUUCCCCUCAAGUUCCUGGCUCAGGAGGUGAACAUUCCGGAUUGGAUUGUUGAACUUCGUCAUGAGUUGACCCACAAGAAAAUGCCCCAUAUAAAUGACUGCCGCAGAGGCUGCUACUUUGUCCUGAAUUGGCUUCAGAAGACCUACUGGUGCCGCCAAUUGGAGAACAGCCUGAGAGAGUCAUGGGAGUUGGAGGAGGACAAGGAAGAGACAGAUGAAGAGGACGAAGAGGAAAAUAAGGACAUUGCUGAUGAUGACAUCACAGAACAGAGAUCAGAGCCUAAGGAAAAUGUAAAAAGUGCAGAGUUGGAUGCCAGGGUUGAUGGAGACAGUCAAGAAGGCAGUUCACAUUGUGAAAAGACUCUGAGGCAUAAAGAGCUAUAUGAAAAAGCCCGGGAACUGCUGGUGUCUUACGAAGAGGAACAGUUUAAGGUGCUGGAGGAAUUUAGGUAUUUACCUCAGGCCAUUAAAGUGUGGAAUAACCUGUCCCCACGUGUAGAAUGUAUCCUGUCAGAGCUCAAGAGCAUAACACGGGAAAACAGUGAGGCUGUGCUGGAUGCCUUUCUGGAUGAUGGCUUCCUCGUCCCUACAUUUGAGCAGUUGGCAGCCUUGCAGAUAGACUAUGAAGAUGGGCAGACUGAGGUCCAGAGAGGGGAUGGUACUGAUCCAAAGUCACACAAAAACAUGGACUUGGAUGACAUCCUGGUGCCAAAGCCGUUCUCUCAAUUCUGGCAGCCCCUGCUUAGGGGCCUGCACUCCCAGACCUUCACACAGGCCUUGCUGGAAAGGAUGCUGUCCGAGCUGCCAGCCUUGGGAGACAGCGGAAUCCGCCCAACCUACAUCCUCAACUGGAUCAUAGAACUGAUUGUGGCCAACACCAAGACUGGACGGAAUGCUCGCCGCUUUUCUGCAAGCCAUUGGGAAGUGAGAAAGACCUGGAGAUUGUUCAGCUGCUCUGCUUCCCUUGACUGGCCCCGGGUGGUUGAAUCCUGCUUAGGCUCACCUUGCUGGGCCAGCCCCCAACUCCUUCAGCUCAUCUUCAAAGCCAUGGGAUCAGUCCUGCCAGAUGAGGACCAGGAUAAGCUGUUGCGCAUCUGUUCCAUUUAUACCCAGAAUGGAGAAAACAGCCUGGUGCAGGAGGGCUCAGAAUCCCCUACUAUUGAGAAGUCUCCACAUACAUUUAACACCUUAUAUUGGAACCUCAACUCAUCUGGCGCCAACUUUGGGUCUGAAGGAAAGGCCCAGGAGCAGGAAAUCCUUAAGGAGGACAGGGAAGAUGAGAAGGAUGAGAAAGAGAUCAUGGAUGAUCAAGUAGAAGACGAAGAUGACUGUGAUAGCCAAGAUGAGGAGCAAGAUGAAGAAGAAGAUUGGAUGGAAGUGGACCCUUUCUCUACAGGGAAGGAGUCCCCCACUGUUGAGAAUGCCAGGCUACUGGUCCAGAAAAGGGGAGCCUUGCAGGGCUCUGUGUGGCAAGUUAGCUCAGAAGAUGUGCGAUGGAGCACAUUUCCCUUAGGCCAAAUGCCAAGCCAGACUGAGGACCCAGCAGAGCUUAUGUUGGAGAAUUAUGACACCAUGUAUCUUUUGGACCAACCUGUGCUAGAGCAGCGGCUGGAACCCCCAGUGUGCAAAACUAGCUCUCUGGGACUAAGCUGUGGCGUCGGCAGUGCCAACUGUAGCAAUGGCAGCAGCAACUUUGAGGUCCUUCUCUGGAGCCAUGGGCAGCUGCAUGGACUCAAAACUGGCCUACAGCUCUUCUGAUGCAAGCCUUGGUGCAAAUGUGCACCCAACCCUGCCAUGGCAACAGUCCAUUCUGCCAUGUGCCUGAUGAUCCUUGAAACAAUCUGAAAGACUGCCUGAAUCAGCUCAUCUUUCCACUACAGAGGGAUUUUAAAAUGUGUUUUGGAGUUUUUGUUUUGUGUAGAAACAAUAAACAGGCAACUGUA